AUGGGCUCCCAACAACGCGUGACAAUGCCGUCCAGCUGGGCCGGCAGCGGGCCACGAGACUCAUCGGACAGCAGAGCCAGCAUAACAUGGAACCAGGACAGCGGGCAUCAUCACAGCCAAGACCAUCUCCGACCAGACGACGCAGAAUAUGGAGACGGGCACCAGAACUUACGGAGACGGAGGUCGUCAUUGGCUGAACGAGUACAUGCUUUGCGGUCAGCAGGCGGGCCGAACUCGUUCGACAACUUUGCACGAUCAUGGCAGAGAGCGGCUGGUUUCUUCGAGGUAGUGCCUGUGAGGCAUAGCUUUCGAGUGCCAGAGGAGGAUGAGGAGGAUGAGGAGGAGGAAGGAGAACAGACGCCAUAUCAGAGAGGGAGCAUAGAUUCGUCGCCUAUGGCUCAGAGAUCUCUACUGAGGGAGCAGCUUGCGAAGGGAGAGAGUAGAGCACCGGAUGAUGCGCUUGAAGAGGAGGAGGAGGAGGAGGAGGAGGAGGAGGAAGAUACAACACCGGUACCGGGAAGGUCGCCAUCUCACGAACCUGCUAGAGCCAGCGAGCAGUCGCCUCUGCUACGAGAACGGCUUUCGAGACCGCGGGGCGACAGCAUCCUCGCGAUUGAACCCCAGCUUGCCUCGCCGUUUGGCGGCUCAUAUGGCAGCACAUGGAGCUCUCUUACUUCUCGAGUCAACGAACCCUCUAUGCGGCACGCAGGACGACUGUUUCGCCAGCAGCAGAUGACCGGCACUUCGGAACCGGACAAGGAACGGGAACCUCUGCUCGUGAAGCAAAUACAAGAAAGUGACGGUCAAGUCGUGAACGUGGUAGUCGGCCAAUCCACCCUGCCACAGACCAUCUUCAACUCCGUCAACGUUUUGAUCGGCGUCGGCCUCCUUGCCCUUCCACUGGCAAUGCGCUACGCUGGCUGGAUCCCAGGACUACUCUUCUUCACCUUCUCCGCCAUCUCCACUUCUUACACCGCCAAGAUCCUCGCCAAAUGCGCCGACGUCGACAACAGCAUCAUCACCUUCGCCGACCUCGCCUACGUCUCCUUCGGCCACUCCGCCCGCAUCGUAACUUCCAUCCUCUUCACAGUCGAGCUCCUGGGCGCCUGCGUGGCCCUGGUCGUCCUUUUCGCCGACUCCCUCGAUGCUCUCGUACCCGGCUACGGCGUUGUCGCCUGGAAGGUCGUCUGCGGCAUCCUCCUUACUCCCUUAUCCUUCGUGCCGCUCCGCCUCCUCUCUUUCACCAGCAUCCUCGGCAUCCUCUCUUGCUUCGGCAUCGUCCUAUCUGUCUUCGUCGACGGUCUGCUCAAACCCCACUCUCCUGGCUCCCUCCGCGAACCAGCAACCACCUACUUCUUCCCCGCCAACUGGGCCACCCUCCCCAUCGCCUUCGGCCUGCUAAUGAGUCCCUGGGGCGGCCACAGCGUCUUCCCAAACAUCUACCGCGACAUGCGCCACCCCUACAAAUACCGCAAAGCCGUCAACGUCACCUACGCCUUCACCUUCCUCCUGGACGUGCUGAUGGCCGUCGUCGGACUCCUAAUGUUCGGCGACACCGUGCGGGACGAAGUCACCAAGAACGUCGUCACCACCCACGGCUACCCGAAAUGGAUCUCCGUCUUCGUCGUCGUCUGUAUCGCCAUCAUCCCCCUCACCAAAGUCCCGCUCAACGCCCGCCCGAUUGUGAGUACCCUCGAACUUGCCCUCGGCCUCGACGCCCGCGCCAUGGCCGCCACGGAACCCAUGACCGGCCUCUCGGGCCUGACGCGGGGGAUCAUGAAAAUCGCCGUGCGAAUCGUCUGCGUGGCCGUCUUCGUCAUCCUCGCCAUUCUGGUACCGGAUUUCGACCGCAUCAUGUCGCUCAUGGGCGCAGUGGCGUGUUUUACGAUUUGUAUUAUUCUGCCUUGUGGGUUCCAUUUGAAGCUUUUUGGCAAGGAGAUGGGAAGGUGGCAGAAGGGGGUGGAUUGGGGGUUGAUUGUCGUUUCGACGGUGUUGGCGUUGGUUAGUACGGCGUUUAAUUGUAUACCGAGGGAGCGGUUGGGGUUUUAG